UCCCCGUCCGAAGCCUGUUGCUCCGUGGACGCGACGGGGAAGCGGCGGGGCGAAGCGCAUUGUCCCGACGGCCCCGCGUUCGAAGCGGCGACCGAGCCGCAGACGGGCAUUAGGGCGGCGGGCGCUCGCGGACGAACCCGCGGCGACGGGAGAACCCGCGGUCGCGCUGAAGCUCAUCACUUCAGCGAGCGUUGUUGACGCGGACGAAGCGUCGACGUCAGAAGCGUCGAGCUGCUGCGUUCGGGUGCACGGGCCUAACGCGACCCAUGGGUGUUUACGGAGCGGUUCCGAUCGUAAUUAGGAAGGGCAGCGACCAUACAUACAAUAUUAACUGGCCAGCAUGUCCCUGAAGGCAACACGUAUACUAUGAGUUAAAUAAAAGUCUGACUGCAGCUUUAAAAACGUCCAACUUAAUGCGAGGUCACUUAAAAAGCUAUACAGAAAUAAUGUUUAAAUGCGUGUUAAAUAAUCGACUUUAGCCAUUUGAUUUGUUCAUUGUAAUAACACAAUUCAAGUCUAAAUAGGUUAAUGCAGCACUUGUGUAUUUCCUGCAGUUAUUUAUUAGAAAACAAACUAGAGCUUGAUUUUACAAGAGUGGAAAAGUAAUAACCUAAUAGGUCACAGGCUGAGGCUCGACAGCUCAUUAUUCAGUGUGAAAGUUAGCAGCACAGAGUAGAUGAAGCAUCAACGCAACAGAUGAUGCCGCUGCCACAUGUACUGCAGCUAUUUCAGGAGUCUAUACUGGGCUUCUAAUUAUCUUACCCAUAUCCCUUAAUCGUGUCUCCCUGACUCGUGUCGAGAGCUACUUCUCAGGAGGUGGGACCUGACAGCCGUCACUAGUUCAAUAAAAGCAUUAGGCAGAUGAAAAGGGAAAAACAACACGACCGGCUCCAUGUCUCAUUUAGCUUGGAAGUCAAAACGCUGCUGAAUUCAAGAAACGCGUGACGUCAAACCUUGCGACGGCUGGAGACGGCGGUGGGGACGCGAGCUCCACCGAUAAGAGCCUCUGCGCCUUGAAGCGGGGAGCAAUGUGAAGUUGCUGUCGACGGGCGGAAUCGACGCUAUAUUGGAAUUUUUGAAAAAUGAUCGAAACAAUGGAUACACAGCGUGCCUUGCAGGCGGUGGAGCGUCUCCAGGCCAAGCUGAAGGAGCGGGGGGAGGUGCCCACGGAGGAGAAGCUCAGCCUGCUGAGGUCGGUGCUGCAGAGCCCCCUGUUCCACCAGAUCCUGGCCCUGCAGAGGUCCGUGCAGCAGCUCAGGGACCAGGAGAGCGUCCCUGUGUCCGGGGGCAGUGACCUUCCAGCGGUGAAGUCCAAUGGCGGCCAUGUUCCCUAUUCUGACGCGUCACCCGCUGCAGAUGGCAAGGCAGCGCCUGAUGAAUUUGAACGCGUCAUUCAGUCCAUGGCACAGGGGCGCUACGUGACACAAGUGGACCUGCUGAAGCCGGCGUCGGGGGGCCUGGGCUUCAGCGUGGUGGGCCUGAAGAGCGAGAACCGCGGGGAGCUCGGCAUCUUCAUCCAGGAAAUUCAGCCGGGAAGUGUAGCCGACUGCGAUGGGAAGCUCAAAGAGGCCGACCAGAUCUUGGCCAUCAACGGCCAGGCCCUGGACCAGACUGUGACCCACCAGCGGGCCAUAGGCAUCCUGCAGAACGCUUUGGAGCGCGUGCAGCUCACCGUGGCCAGGGGGCCCAUACCUCCGCAGGCGAGUCCCGGGGUGUCUCGCACGCCCUCUGCUGCCAGCACGCUGUCGGCCCACUCCAGCGCGUGGCAGCACGUGGAGACGAUCGAGCUGGUCAACGAUGGCACUGGUCUGGGCUUCGGCAUCGUCGGAGGAAAAACCACCGGGGUUAUUGUUAAGACCAUCCUUCCUGGGGGCAUAGCUGAUCAGGACGGCCGCCUGCGCAGCGGGGACCACAUCCUCAGAAUCGGUGACACCGACCUGUACGGGAUGGGCAGCGAGCAAGUGGCCCAGGUCCUGAGGCAGUGUGGGAACCGAGUGAAGCUGGUGGUCACCAGGGGGCCUGUGGAGGAGAAUGCUUCUGUCUCUGCUGUCAUGCCAGUGGUGCUCCCCACUGUUAACGAACAGCAGGACUUUGAGGAAGAGGAGACGGACUCUUUUGAUGUGAGCCUUACCAAGAACACGCAGGGACUGGGGAUCACUAUUGCCGGCUACGUUGGAGAUAAAAACUCAGAGCCUUCUGGAAUUUUUGUUAAGAGCAUCACAAAAGACAGCACUGUAGACCAAGAUGGUCGUAUUCAUGUGGGAGACCAGAUAAUAGCUGUCGAUGGUGUAAAUAUCCAGGGCUACACCAAUCAACAAGCUGUCGAGGUGCUCAGACACACUGGCCAGACAGUGCACCUCAAGCUGAUCCGACGGGGCUUCAGGCCUGACGAAAUCCCCCCUGCUGUGACCCCCUGUGUCACUAUCCUGCCCCCAUCCACCACAAUCCCCACCACCACCACCGUCAUGAGGGAGGUGGAGCAGGAGAGGACGAAGGCUGAGGAGGCUGUUGACGUCGCCACAGAUGAAAAGACGCUCCAGACAAAGAGUGAAGGAUCUGAUGUCAGCCCAGGCACGGAUCAGCUAACAGAAGACAAACGUGGUUUGACACUAACCCCCUUUGAAGAAGAACAAGUAAUGAAGAAGUGGCAGGAGAUUCUGGGUCCAAGUAAUGAAAUUAUAGUGGCUCAGAUGGAGAAGUAUAGUGAGAGCAGCGGCCUGGGCAUCAGCCUUGAAGCGAGCAGUGGGCAUCAUUACAUCCGCUCCGUUCUACCUGAGGGGCCUGUAGGUCGCUGUGGCAAGCUGUUCAGUGGCGACGAACUGCUUGAGGUCAGUGGUAUCGCUCUGAUCGGUGAGACACACAAGGAAGUCGUCCGGAUCCUGAAGGAGCUUCCCCUUCGAGUUUACAUGACGUGCUGCAGGCCGGCCCCUCACCUGCAGACCGACCUGGAUAUUAUCCAACCACAGCCAGAGGCUUUGUCCACCAUACCUGAAAUAAAGACGCAAACGGACAAGAGCAGUGUGCUGGUGGCUGAAGAGUCAGAGGCGAACGCGAUGGCAACAGCACAGGAUAAUGUGACAGAGGAGGCGACAGGAUCCCCACUGGCCAUGUGGGAGUUGGACAUCCAGAAUAUUGAGCUGGAGAAGGGAGAAGGAGGAUUGGGAUUCAGCAUUCUGGACUACCAGGACCCACUGGACCCUGCCAAGACUGUGAUCGUGAUUCGCUCGCUGGUUCCCAACGGUGUGGCUGAACAGGACGGCAGACUGUUGCCAGGAGACCGGCUCAUGUAUGUUAAUGCCACCAACCUGGAGAACGCCAGCUUGGAGGAUGCUGUCCAGGCGCUGAAAGGGGCCAAGCUCGGCAAGGUCCAGAUAGGAGUCGCCAAACCACUGCCUGGAAUAUAUGGAUAUUCCCACUCUCCACACCCAUAUGGUGAACAGGACAUUACAUCAUCAUCUUCAUCCACCCAUUCAUUUGACUUCAACAGUAUUUUGGUUGAAGAAGGCGAGGAAGGCGGACUGGCUGAGGGCGUCGUUUACCGAGCAGAGCCUGCAUUGAUUGACGCCAGUGACGCGGAUCUGUCUGAGGAAAAGGCGCUGGAACACACGUACUCUGAGAUACAGGAUGACACGUUCCAGGCAUCCAUGAUAGCGCUUCACGGCAGCAGCUGUGGCGCAGACCUGGAUUAUCUGGGCACCUCCACUCCUAAGCUGACGGCUCGCCUGGACUCGUUGGACGAGCUCGCCGGCCUCGGAGACGACUCCCUGGCGUUCUCCCCGGAGAAGCCGGACGCUUUUACUCCUUCCAGUUCGAGAGCGCACCUCCCCGCUUUUAAUGCCACGAGCGGCUCUGACCAGUACCUGGUGCAGCACUUGAGCAAAGACGAACCGCUUACGUGCUCAAACCUGUACAGCCCAUUUGUGGAAAUAGGGGCAAGAUCCAGUUCACAACAACAGCCUGCAGAGCCUCUUGUUUUCAGAAAGGAGCCUUCCAUCUUUUUUGGAGAUACUGGAGAUAUAAACAUUUUUAUAAAGGACGACAAGCACGGUGCGAAAGAUUUAUCAGAGGACGGUGACAAGGAAAUCCUGACCUCCGGGAGCAAUUUUGAAAGGACCAUCACGGUUGUCAAGGGCAACUCCAGCCUCGGGAUGACGGUGAGCGCCAUGAAAGACGGCCUGGGGAUGCUGAUCCGCAGCAUAAUCCACGGGGGCUCCAUCAGUCGCGACGGGCGCCUCGGCGUCGGCGACCUGAUCCUGGCCAUCAACGGCGAGGCCACGGCCAACCUGAGCAACGCCCAGGCGCGCGCCAUGCUGCGACGGCACUCCCUCAUCGGGCCCGACCUGGGAUCUGCUUGUGCACCUGAGGACGAUCUGUGCCCGUUUUAUGUAAUUACAUACGUUCCGGCAGAGUAUCUGGAAGAGUACAAGACCAGCCAAGAGCAGAGUAAAGACGACGUCUUCUCUGAAGCAGCCGUACCUCCCGUCUCAAAGGAUGUUCCUAUUCUUCCUGAGCGUGAGGAUGGAGAAGGGGAGGAGAGUUCCUCCUACAGCAACUGGAACCAACCUAGGAAGGUGGAGCUCUUCAGAGCACCGGGCAAGUCCCUGGGAAUCAGCAUAGUGGGGGGCCGAGGGAUGGGCAGCCGCCUGAGCAACGGCGAAGUGAUGAGGGGGAUUUUCAUCAAACACAUCCUGGAGGACAGUCCUGCCGGACAGAACGGGACCCUGAAGACCGGGGACCGGAUCGUGGAGGUGGAUGGAGUGGACCUCAGGGAUGCUAGUCACGAGCAGGCGGUGGAGGCCAUACGCAGGGCAGGCAACCCUGUCACCUUCCUGGUCCAGAGUAUUAUUCACAGGCCCAGGCCCGAGUCAGUAUAUAGCCCAGCCCCAUCACCUGCAGUAGAGAAACACACCACUGCUUUCACAUGCAUGCCACAUCGCACGCGUCAGUCAUCAGUAACUGACCCCUGCGAGGAGGCACCUGCAGCUGUUGCCAAGGACAACGAGGACAAGGAGGGUGACAGUCACUCUAGACUUUUCCUCCACCUCUUCCCAACUAACCCUUUCACUCCUACCCCGUUUAAGGCAGUGAAGCGCGAUGCGGCGAAGGCGCCUCCCACCAGCGCUGUCCUCCUCCUGCCAGUGGUGCCCCAUGUGGGAGAGACCGAUACCGACACGCUGACGGAGACUCCUGGCGGAGCCGCCGAGGCAGAGGAGGCGAAGGACGAGGCGGAGGAGGAGGCGGAGGACGAGUUUGGAUACAGCUGGAAGAGCGUAAUCCAGCGCUAUGGCAGCCUCCCAGGAGUCCUGCACAUGAUUGAGCUGGAGAAGGGCAGGACGGGCCUGGGCCUCAGCUUGGCGGGGAACAGGGACCGCUCUCGCAUGAGCGUGUUCGUGGUGGGAAUAGACCCCAGCGGAGCCGCCGGGAGGGACGGGCGUCUGCUGGUGGGCGACGAGCUGCUGGAGAUAAACGGGCAGGUCCUGUACGGCCACAGUCACCAGAAUGCGUCCGCCAUCAUCAAGAGCACCCCAUCCAAAGUCAAAAUCAUCUUCGUGAGGAGCACGGAGGCGCUGAACCAGAUGGCUGUGGGUCCGGUGAGGGAUCAUGAGGGAGACGUGGCGGAGCCUCACGCUGAGCUGGAAACCACUGCAGCCAACGGCGAUGCUGACACUUCAAAACAUGUCCAUUAUGUCGUGAAUCUAAAGGAGGACGGAGGCCUUGGCGUCACCUUCGUCGAGGGGAACACCGAGAGCGGAGUGGAAAUUCAGAGCAUAACGGAAGGAAAAGGACACACGGGCAAGGAGGGCUGCAUGAAGCCAGGGGACAAACUCCUGGCUGUGAACGGGGAGUCAGUCCUAGGAUACACAGUGGAAAAGGUCAGUUCUCUACUGAGAGAAGCCAAAGGGCCAGUGAAGCUAACCUUCACUACAAAUGGGACCUCCUCCUCCUUCUCCCCUUCACAGCCAAGCUGCCAGGGCACGGGCGGCUCAGAUGGAGUCCCUCUCAGCUUACCCAGCAUGCCUAGCGUCACCGCAGUGGCUCUGAGUCAGCCGGAGGCGGAGGCAGUCACCGGUUCCAGUCGCUCGUCCACUCCUCCCUCGCUGGCCAGUGACCCGACGACCUGUCCCAUCAUCCCCGGCUGUGAGACCACAAUCGACAUCUCCAAGGGCCGGACGGGCCUCGGCCUCAGCAUCGUGGGGGGCUGCGACACCCUGUUGGGUGCCAUCAUCAUCCAUGAAGUGUACGAGGAAGGGGCGGCCUCCAAGGACGGCCGGCUGUGGGCGGGAGACCAAAUCCUAGAGGUGAACGGCAUCGACCUGCGCGUGGCCAGUCACGACGAGGCCAUCAACGUGCUGCGGCAGACCCCGCAGAGGGUGCGGCUGGCGGUCUACCGGGACGAGGCGCAGUACAAGGAGGAGGACCUGUGGGACUCCUUCGCCGUGGAGCUGCACAAGCAGCCGGGCCAGGGCCUGGGCCUGAGCAUCGUGGGGAGGAGAUCGCGGGACCAGAGGAGCGACACGGGAGUGUUCGUGUCCGACAUCGUGAAAGGAGGCUUGGUGGACGCGGACGGCCGACUGAUGCAGGGCGACCAGAUCCUGUCCGUCAACGGCGAGGACGUCAGGUCGGCCACUCAGGAAUCUGUGGCGGCUCUGCUCAAGUGCUGCAUGGGGCCUAUUAAAAUGGAGGUGGGGAGGUUUAAAGCGGGACCCUUCCACUCUGAACGAAGACUGUCCCAGAGUAGUCAGAUGAGUGAGAUCGGCAGCUCCAAGGUGACCCCUCAGUCAUGUUCAGACUCUGGGAACCUUCCGGGAGACGUGGACAGACUGAGCAGGGGUCUGGAAGCUGCGGAGCAUCAGGACACGCGGACGGUGGAGUUCUCCAAAGGUCCCAGUGAUUCUCUGGGCAUCAGUAUAGCAGGCGGGGUGGGCAGCCCCCUGGGGGACAUACCCAUCUUCAUCGCCAUGAUCAACCCCGUGGGCCUGGCUGCUCAGACCAAGAGGCUGAAGAUCGGGGACCGCAUCGUCAGUAUCUGUGGAACCUCCGCUGAAGGCUUGAGCCACUCGCAGGCGGUCGCUCUGCUCAAGAACGCCACGGGCACGGUGCAGCUGCAGGUGGUAGCAGGUGGUGACACCACCGUGACGGGCCCCGCUCAGGAGCAGGCAGCAGCUGCAGGCCUCACGCCCAGCUGCAUUUUCCAGGACGACCUCGGCCCGCCUCAGUAUAAGAGCAUCAGCCUUGAAAGAGGACCUGACGGACUGGGUUUCAGCAUAGUGGGAGGGUACGGCAGCCCCCACGGAGACCUGCCCAUCUACGUUAAAACUGUGUUUGGAAAGGGGGCGGCAGCGGAGGACGGGCGUCUGAAGCGAGGCGACCAGAUCAUGGCGGUGAACGGUCAGUCGCUGGACGGGGUCACGCACGAGGAAGCUGUGGGCAUCCUGAAGAAGACCAAAGGAGGCGUGACGCUCACCGUGCUGUCGUAGGCACGCGUCGCCGACGGGCCCCAAACGCCUCACCAGCACCGCUUCACAGCCAGCAAACCAUGAAGAAACCACCAGUAGGAAGCUGAGGAUCAUGAAGGAGCUGGUGGCUCGUGUAGUUGGGAACCAUGAACGUGUCAUCGGAGCUUUCCUGAGGCCUCGUUCACCCAAACAGCUUCAAAAAUGAAAUAGUCAAAUAGAAAUAAAUCAGAAAUAGCCGCCUUGUGAACAGCUGAUAGUUUAGUCGUUGCUCUAUGGAUUUUAGGGAGUCGUAAAUAGUGUUAGGAACAAUCCACAGCUCUGGGUUGAUGUGAUGUUUACUGGAUGCUGUGGUUUCCAGUAUGAAGACAAAUGGGUGAAAUGUAAGAAGAUUCAUUUCAGAGCGGUUGUUGCUGAGGGGAAAGGCUUUAUAUUUCACAAUAAAAGCCGAGCGUCAAGAACCCUUGAGGCGACGAACGCAUUAGCAGGAUUUAGCUAAUAGCUACAUCAGAUCACAGCAUUAAAUGUUUGGGGGUUUUUUUGUUUGUCUGGUUUCUGCGUUGCACUGUUGUCUGCGAUGAAUCACUGAAUUUCCUGAAAGGCUGAUGCUGCUGUAAACCGGUGUUAAUGAACUGAUCAAUGUAAAGGAAAGCUGUGAAAAGUGCUGCGUGCACUGAACUAGAUGAAGAGAUACUCACUGACACAUAGCGCUGCUAAAGCUGAUAUUUAAAGGUUUUAUGUCACAGUAUUUGUUGUUUUUUUAAGUAUUACUUUUCACUUCGUGAGCGCCCGUUUCCUCUGGACCUUCUGAAAGUGUUGAAGCUGUCACGUGUAAAGGAGCUGAGCUCACGAUGAACUUCUUGUUUACUGCGAGUCCUGUAGGUAUGAAGUCAUUUACUGUGCUCUGCUCUCAGAGACAGCUGCUCUGUCGUCUCACAUUAAAUGUGUCCAGUACUGUCAAAGCCAUAGUACGGAAUUUAUUCACACCCAAUUAAAUAAAAGUGACCUUUGGA